UGCACUGUUGGUUAGAGCCUGUAAGUAAGCAUUUCACUGUAAGGUCUACACCUGUUGUAUUCGGCGCACCUGACAAAUAAACUUUGAUUUGAAUGGAUGCAAUAAUGAAAGCAAGUGUGCUGCUGUUUUCAAAUCUAUCAGUGUAGAUCAAAUCAAGAGGCUGACUAAAUCCUUUAUCUAUUUAUCUGACCCAUCAUUGUCCAGUCCUAGAUACAUUGCUCAAUAUAAUUAAGAAUGGAUUUAGUCUUAAAUCAUUCAUAGGGCUGCACUGCCUGCAAACUGUAUGCUCGAGGGCAUACGGCGUGAUAAAGACGUCUUUUUCUGUUUGAAAUCUGUUCGGGAGGUUUUAUAACCAGAUAGCAACCAGAUUAAGAUGUCUUUUUCAUAACAUCAUGAAAAAUAUGUAUUAUUUUGGUUGAAAUCUGAUUGAACUACUGACCAGUUAUCUAAAUGCUAUUCAAUUAAUACCAAUCUAUAUAAACAUGUGCAUAGUGUUAUAAAGUACCUAGUAAAAAUACUUUAAAGUACUACUUAAGUAUUUUUUGGGGGGGUAUCUGUACUACUAUCUGUACUACAAUUCCUAAAAGAAAAUAAUGUACUUUUUACUCCAUACAUUUUCCCUGACACCCACAAGUACUCGUUACAUGUUGAAUGCUUAGCAGGACAGGAAAAUGGUCAAAUUCACACACUUAUCAAGGGAACACGUGGUCAUCUCUACUGCCUCUUAUCUGGCAGACUCACUAAACGCAUGCAUUGUUGGUAAAUUAUGUCUUAGUGUUAGGGUGUACCCCUGGCAAUCUGUACAUUUUAAAAACAAGAAAAUGGUGCCAUCUGCUUUGCUUAAUAUAAGACAUUUGAAAUUAUUUAUACUUUUACAUUUGAUUCUUAGUAAAUAUAUUGAGCACAUAAUACUUUUAGACUUUUACUCAAGUAGUAUUUUACUGGGUGACUAACUUUUUCUUGAGUCACUUUAUAAUAAGGUAUCUAUAUUUUUAUUCAAGUAUGACAAUUGUGUUUGUGGGCCACGCACCCAUUGGAUAUAAGACACUAGAACCAUUACAAUUAUACAAAUGGGGGAAUGUUAUUUUUCCAGCAGGGUUUCCAUGAUUCAGUUUAGCACAGUUGGCAAACAGCUGGUAGAGUGCACCAAAGCGGGUUAGGGUCUCAUGUACUCCGUCAACACGCUGGGACUAUUCCGUUUGAGACUCGGGACUCAGACUCAGGGGGCUUCAUGCGGGCCGAGCUCUUCCAGAGUCCAGCAUAAUCAUAUUACUCUAGGCUGAGGCUAAUGGUACUCGGGGAGAGUCCACUUCAGUUUAUCUGGCACGAUUAACUUCUUCAGGAUUAGGGACAUUUUAGGUUUUUAUCCUGCAGGUGAUGAAACACCAAUAAAUAAAUAAAUAUUUUUUUAUUUCACCUCCAUCGAAUUUGCUAGGUCAUUAACAAGCAACAUUUUUUGACAGUCUCUAAUUGAUGGUCCCUAAUUUAUAGGAUCUCUGCUUGAAAUGCUUUUGAUUUUACUACAGGCUAUGGCAAUACUUUUUGUAGUUGCAGUCCAACAAAUUGAAAAGUGCACAUUCACAUUCAUAACAUUUGUUCUAGGCUACACAAUAAUACAGGAUAUCUUACAAAAAUGCACUGCUGAUAAAAUGCAGUGAAACUGCAGUACAAUUAAAUAAUGCUUUUUAAAUGAAGAAUAUCUGGUGGCUUGCUGUGGGGCUUCUUAUGGUAAUCGUUUGUUUAUUUUGCUGUGCAUUUUCUUCUGUUCCACUGAAUGCAAUUUCGAUUUUCUAAACUAAAUUGGUUUUCAGAAUUUAACAAAAUACACGUAGGACUAUAUGUUUGAUUUCAAUAUCCUAAUACAAUCCAUCAAUAUUUACAAACCCCUAUUUUUAAUCCAUUUAUUUCCAUCAAUAACUAGUAAAACAGUAUUGCACCUGAAUUUGACCCUGAAAAUUACUAUUUAUGUUUUCCUUAAAGCUUUUGAGCAAUUCAAAUUACUGCACACAUUGUUAUUUUAAUUUCAGUAAGUACAUUUUAAUUUCAGUAGCUAAAUGAAGAGGUAGGCAUAUAUGGUCCAACUAAAAUUUGGAUUGGAAUCUGUGCCUCGCUCGCAGCAAUACAUGUCUAUGCGCCUCGCAUGCAGCCUGCUUGCACAAGCGUCAACACAGCUGGAAAACAAUGACUGUUUCUCGAAAUGUACACAAAAAACGUUUUUACUUUUGUAAGUAGAGCGGCGGUUUGUUGGGGAGAAUAAUGUCAAGGAAAGUUUUUCUAGCAAGCUAACGUUAGCUAGAUAAUUUUAGCUGGCUAACGUUAGCUCUCUAGCUAAUCCUCCAUGGACGUGUAAUCUUCUAGUUUGGAUGGAGGAGGGGAACAAAGGGAAAGAGUACAGCAGUUAUCCAGCCUGCUGACUAAGAAAUCAGUCCUUGGCCACCCACUUAGUUACCAGUGACCUAUUCUGCCACGUCCCAGGAAAAGAAGAGAGCAGAACCACCCCUUAAAUCAAUAGUCAUUGACAUUGCGAAACCCUUGUGUCCUGAUUCCACACAGAUCUCCCUUGGUAUGGUGCAGAAACUGGACCAGAAGCUCCCUGUGGCCAACGAGUACCUACUGCUGUCAGGUGGCGUGCGAGAGGGUGUGGUUGACAUGGACCUAGAUGAGCUUAGCGUCUACGCCCGCGGCACCGACUAUGACAUGGACUUUACCCUCCUCGUGCCCGCGCUCAAGCUGCACGACCGCAACCAGCCGGUAACUUUGGACAUGCGCCACUCAGCCCUGUGCCACUCGUGGCUGAGCCUGCGCCUCUUCGACGAGGGCACCAUCAACAAGUGGAAGGACUGCUGCACCAUGGUAGACCACAUCAACGGCGCCACCAACUACUUCUUCUCACCCACGCUGGUGGCUGACUGGUUCUACGAGUCCAUCAGCGUGGUCCUGGUGGAGAUCCAGAAGAAGCCCCAGCGCGGCAUGCCCCGCGUGGAGAAGGUGGAGCGGAACGGCACCAUCAUCUCCGUCAUCCUGGGCGUGGGCAGCAGCCGCAUGCUCUAUGACAUCUUGCCUGUCGUCUCCUUCAAGGGAUGGCCGGCGGUGGCCCAGAGCUGGCUGAUGGAGAACCACUUCUGGGACGGCAAGAUCACAGAGGAGGAGGUGAUCAGCGGCUUCUACCUGGUGCCUGCCUGCUCCCACAAGGGCCGUAAGGAGAAUGAGUGGCGCCUGUCGUUCGCCCGCAGCGAAGUGCAGCUCAAGAAGUGCAUCUCGGCCAGCCUGAUGCAGGCCUACCAGGCAUGCAAGGCCAUCAUUAUCAAGCUUCUGUCAAGGCCCAAGGCCAUCAGCCCCUACCACCUGCGCAGCAUGAUGCUGUGGGCCUGCGAUCGGCUCCCCGCCACCUACCUGUCCCAGGAAGACUUCUCAGCCCACUUCCUGCUAGGCCUCAUCGACGACCUGCAGAACUGCCUGGUCAACAAGAUGUGCCCCAACUACUUCAUCCCACAGUGCAACAUGUUGGAGCACCUGUCGGAUGAGAUGGCCAUGCUCCACGCCCGCAAGCUCAGCUCGGUGCGCUCCGACCCGGCCGAGCACCUGCGCACCACCAUCGAGCAUGCCAAGGCGGCCAACCGGCUGACCCUGGACCUGCAUUGGCGCGGCAGCGCCUCAAACCUGCCGUCGCCACAGUCAGACGCGGGCGGCGAGCACCAGCCGGAUGACCGAUUGGCUAAGAAGCUGCAGCAGUUGGUGACGGAGAACCCCGGCAAGUCCAUCUCUGUGUUCAUCAACCCCGACGAUGUGACGCGGCCGCACUUCCGCAUCGACGACAAGUUCUUCUGAGACUUCAAAAUAGAAAAAUAAUACUACUCCUCCCCCCCACGGCACCCAUUCUUCUCCCCUUUGACUAGAUUGGUCGAGUCAUCAAAUUAGUCGGUUUCCCAAGUAACGGUCGCCACAGAGCGUUGUGAGGUGCUUUUGUCCAAAAGUGUCUUCCCAUUUUGUUCCCCUGGCCCUGACACCUGUCCCCACACCCCACCAACCCUACAGUCCCCCUGUCACCUUUAGAAGGCCUUUACAGGACUACAUGAAACAGGUGGAAGAAGAGGUACUGUGUCUUGCCUCGGAUGGUUAAGCAAUGUCUUAGUCCCUGUAGGGGAACUGAUGGUACUAACGCCAUAACUGUACAUAGAGAGAGUUGAGUGGAUAUGUGUGUGUGGACUUUGAUCUUAUUUUGCACAGAAUGUAGAGGCACACAGUUAACAUGUUGGAAGUGCUAUGAAGUGAAGUCUGAAAUGUUGCUUAUCAUUUAGGAAGGCAAUUUCAAUGGUCUUUUUUUUUCUCCUCUGGGCUAAAUGCUCUGAAUUUAUACCUACUGGUUUAGGGUAUGUUUAGAGCUGUUAUUCCAAUAAGCUGUAUCACAAUGACAAGUUCUUUCUAACUUUACGUUCUCUGUAGUCAUGUCCAUGUCCUAUGUGUAUAGUGAACAGUUCCAGACGUAUCCCGAAUAUGCCAACAACCUGCAGAUAUCUGACCGGCAAUGUGAUACACAUAUCUUCAUCCUCAAGUGCAAUUAGUAAACAAACAAACACACACACACACACACACACACACACACACACACACACUACCCAAUACAUAAACGUGCUAACACUCAUCAUACACACUCCUGAUCAGUGAAAUGGUGUAUUUAAUACGUAUUUGUGAUAUUCUAGAACUCUGGGACGUUGUCAUUUUGUUUGUCUUUGUUAUAUGGAACUCUGAAACAUUUUACUGUGAGUCUUAUUUUCCAUAUUUGCUGCUGACUUUAGGAAGAUGUUUUAUGAUUAACUGGUUAUGCAAAUUAAGUUAACAAACACACAAUUAUGAAUUUUAAUUGUACAUGUGCGUAGCUACUGUGUACAGUACAUAGUACUGGAAUACAGCAGUGGGAUCCUGCCUGUAUCAUUUGUAUGGACCAAUCUAGCAGCGGCAUUGUCAGCACCGAUGAAUCACGUGGCCUAUCAGAUGAAUCCUGUUGAGUCAAACCUGUCAUGGACCAAUCAGAAUGGACCAACCGUGCAACCUCACCAUUGGCAGGGAUCUAACACACUGCCUUACCAUUAAUUCGGACCAAUCACUGGAGUGGCCUGAAGAAUGUGUUCUAUGCCUCUACUCUUCCAAAGGCAUACUGGCCGCGUUUCCCGGGCUGACUACAUUACAGACGCCUGCCAAAUCUCACAAUGCCUGAAGAGCUGUUUUAUCACAUCAUAUGAUAUGUCAUAUCACAUCAUAUCAUAUAGCAAUCUGAUGCCUGACUGUACAAAUCGAUCAACCACGGGUUGAUGCAAUGCAACGUCUGCAAUGUAGUUGGCCUGAAACGUGACCAUACUGUAUGAGAGGGAGAGCAAGUCCCGCGUUCGGCCUACAAUGACCACAUCAAAUCAAAUUGUGUGAAUAAUCUGAGAUCUGUGUAGAUGGUAACGCUAUAAACAAGCUAAAAUGUAAUUAAACAUAUUUAACAACAA